GGACCGUCAAUGGGGACUCCUAGGCGAUGACGCGCCUGCGUUGCCAGGAUAUCCGGUUGUGCCACAUGAUGCUUGUCUCCAGCACAUGCGUCCCGGGGUUAAGAUAUUAAGGGUAUCCUGAUCCAUCUUCAGAAGCAUCCAUUCUGGAGCCUUCUCGUAAGAAGAAAGGGUCUCGAAGAUGUAUCUCAAGAUGAAUCAGGGUGGGCUCUAAAGAUAGCGGAGAGCGAAGACUUAGACGGACAGCCCGAAACAAUAGCCGCAAGGAACAAGCUAACACGGGAUGAGUGCCUGCU